AUGGCUCGCGACAUAGUUAAAGCGGCCAAGUCGGCAUCAAAUGUGAUAGCUGUUCACAAGAAAUACACUGUUCAGUCGACUGGCGUAUGGGAGCGUAUCCGUCGCCUUCUGUCCAUUGAUCCUAGUCGCUCUACUGGCGUUCCAUUGAACUCCCAAUUCCGCCUGCCGGCUCCAGGAUCUCUUCCACCUCUGUCCUAUGACGACCCUAUCACAGUUCCAGCGGGUGACAUCGCCGAUAACCCUUACUGGAAGCGCGAUGCUCGGAGAAACUAUCCUAGACUCAGUACGGUGAAUCAGGCCGACGUUGUUGGUCUUCUUACCGUAGGCAGUGAGGCAGCACCAAAGGAAGUUUUGGAGCUUGGUGAAGCAGGUGAAAGACAGCUGGUAUCGGUCAAGCAACAGGGAGAGGAGCGCGGCCUUGCCGGGCUUUUCGAGAAAGAUAAGGAGGGGGCUAGAGGUGUCUUGAAUGCAAAUGGUUUGCCACCCUUGCCUUGCAGCUUGAAUUCUUCGGCUUCCAAAUAUCAGCUGGAUCAUCAGCAUGGCUAUCCUGGAGUGUAA